ACCUGCGGCGAGGGCGGGUGGCCAUGGCGUACUCCACCGUGCAGAGGGUGGCCCUGGCCUCGGGGCUCGUCCUGGCUGUGUCGCUGCUUCUGCCCAAGGCCUUUUUGUCCCGCGGAAAGCGGCAGGAGCCACCGCCGGCUCCCGAAGGGAAGUUGGGUCGAUUUCCACCUAUGAUGCAUCAUCACCAGGCACCCUCAGAUGGCCAGACCUCUGGGGCUCGCUUCCAGAGGUCUCACCUUGCAGAGGCCUUUGCAAAGGCUAAAGGACCAGGUGGAGGCACUGGAGGAGGAGGUAGUGGAAGAGGCCUGAUGGGGCAGAUUAUUCCAAUCUACGGUUUGGGGAUUUUUUUAUAUAUACUAUACAUUUUAUUUAAGCUCUCAAAGGGGAAAAGUACUGCAGAGGAUCGGAAGUGCUCUACUGCCACACCUGGAAGCACCCACAGGAAAAUUACCAAUUUUGAGCUUGUUCAACUACAAGAAAAACUGAAGGAGACAGAGGAAGCCAUGGAAAAACUAAUCAACAGAGUGGGGCCUAAUGGUGAGAGCAGAGCACAGGCCGUGACUUCUGACCAAGAAAAACGAUUGCUGCAUCAGCUCCGAGAAAUCACCAGGGUCAUGAAAGAAGGAAAAUUCAUUGACAGACCCACUCCAGAGAAAGAAGCUGAGGAGGCCCCUUACAUGGAGGACUGGGAAGGUUACCCUGAAGAGACUUAUCCAAUUUAUGACCUUUCAGAUUGCAUCAAGCGUAGGCAAGAAACAAUCCUGGUGGAUUACCCUGACCCAAAAGAGCCCUCUGCCGAGGAAAUAGCUGAAAGAAUGGGAGUGAUAGAAGAAGGAUCAGGCCGUUUGGGGUGGGAAAUACCUACUGACCCCAGAGCUCAGGAAGAUAAUUCUGUUACCUCAUGUGACCCAGAGGCAGAAACACGUUCCUGCUGUUUUCAUGAAGAAGAGGAUCCCGCUGUCUUGGCAGAGAAUGCUGGAUUUGGUGCAGAUAGUUACCGUGAGCAAGAGGAGACCACCGAAGAAAUGUGGCCCCGUGACUUGAGAGAUGAAGGGCCAGGCGUCAGUGCUGAUAAAGCAGAUCCAGGGGGCAUGCUGAGGAAGCGGGACCCCCACCGUUUAGAGUACAGCCAGCCAGUUUGGUGAGGUGCCCAUUACUCUAGUGUCCCAAGGUGACCUUUCUCUCCUCUGAUUUCAUCCUUGGCCCUGUGCCCUGUAUUUCAUUCUCUGUGUUUAAAUAUCAUAGCCAAUCGGGCCACUGCCAUGGAUAUCAUGUGUCCUUCCUGGUGCUUACACACCUGUCACCUGUAAAACAUCACAGUAAUCAGUAUGAACACAAGACAGCUUCCCUCUUUCUCUUCCUGCCUUUCCUCCAUCAGAGAGUUGAUCCACUGAGUAAUUUUCCAUCUAUUGUAAUUACAGAUGGGACCACUCAGGGCAGAGGUCUGACUCUUCGUGUUAGGAGUAACAGAUGGUUUACCUGUGAACGAACAUCAGAUUAUACAUGAUGAGGACUUAAGGUUGUAAGAGUGAAGAUUUCAGAGUCCAAAAUGCCUUAUUCUGUGGGCCUUGAGCAGGUUAGUAGUCCACUGAGCUCAAGAAGAAAACCUUUUUGUUAGUGGGGAUGGUGGGGCCAGAGCAGGGUGAGACUCUGCUGUCUGAACUGAAGCCCCUUGCUCACAGCAAGGCCCUUUUUAGGAGCACCCAGGCUGCCUCAGAUCUCCACUUUUCUCCAGAGUAGAAGACUCCCACUGACCUGAGAGUGAACCUAGAGGCUUGUUGGGGGAUGGUUUUGCUCUAAUAUUGCCUGGAUCUCUAGCUUCCUUUAUCCCUGUUCUGCUUAACAGAACUGCCAAAUGCAUAAGUACCUUUGUACCUCUGGUCUUCAGUGGCCGGAGGAAACUUGAGUUAGAGACUUUAGUCCUUGCCCUGCAGAGCCAAGGUUUGAGGCUUCAGGAAAGCCUGCCAAAGGGUGGUGGUCCUGCCAUGAGAUGCUCAGAAGGCCAGGGAGCCGGUGAUGGGGAGAGAACCCAUGCGCUUAUUCCUUGCUUAGCUGCUGUUUCUGAAUGUUGUACCCUCUGGGAAAUUUGUUCUCACAACAAAUUCAAUUGAAAUAGAAACGAGGAGGACUGAGCUUAUAGACCAAGUGCCAGCCCAGCAGGGAAGUUGCAGGGACCCAAUGUAGCAGUGCCCGGGAAGAGACCAUUUGCUCCAUAUUUGGAUAUCUGAGUCUACUGAGAAAGCUGGGCAAAGUAGGAGGUAGGUUAGGACUGGGAGGAUUGUGACCAAACCAAAAGCCUAAUCUCUGAGCUGCCAUCUGUCAUGUGUCUCCUUGAGGUAAGAUGUAUUCUGUCUAGUAAGGAUGAGUGAAUUCAGUUUACAGGUAAGACCUAAGAGUUUAAAGAGGACACAUUCCUGAGGAUAUUCCCAGUCAUGAAAUGCAGAAGACUUGAAAAUUAAGAAAUCAUGUAAAGGUAGACUUGGCUUUUAGAGUUCCAUUGUGCCUGGCAUGAGCAAGAGGCCAGGAAAAUAGUUUAAUCACUAUUAAAUCACAUAAGCAUAAACACUGCUGUCACAGGUACAGGAUCAUAUUAAGAUAAUGUAUCAGCUACUGCUGUGCAUUUCUUGUUAGUUAAUGACUACAGAGAAAAGUCAUUGAAGACUGAGUCUAUAGAAAGCAUAUUGUCUCUGUGUGGAACAUUUGAUUCACUUGUAAAGAGUACAGUUUAAAAUGUACUGAAAACAGUCUAGAUGUAAU